AUGCGUGGUGGUGUGGCCCAGGCAUCAAUAUUCUUGCUAUCAGCCCUCGCCCCCAUCAUUUGUCAUGGUCUACCAACUUCCACGCAUGCAGUUACACAGGAUGACUUGGUGCUUUUGUGGCGAGAUUCGGAUGGUAUCUACGUCCAAUUCGAAGCAUCAUGUGCUAGUUGUUCGGUGCACAACGAAGAUGUCUGGCCAGUCAACCUGUUCAUAGGGAGCAGGGAUGGCCUCUGUGACAAUGCUACAGUAUCCGUGAAUGGAAGGGAGCUUUCCCAUCGUUGGGAAGGUCAAUCAGCCUCGGGCUCAGGUGUGAUUCCAUCUAGCCCUUAUAAUAGCAGUACCAAUCUACGAGCAACUUGGCACAGUACAUGUGUUACGGCGCCCCUGAGUGCUUCUCCUCGUGGGCUGAAUGUUCGUGUGUUUACUUUUAUAUAUGAUACGGAUCGCAGCCACACCCUUGAAGACGAUGUCGGUUUUACCAUCUCGCUCGGUGAGGAUGAUGAGAUUGAAAUCCUCCGAUUGUCUAAUUUUCCUGUGAGUUUUGGCGAUAUAUCGAAUCAGGGAGCUUGGAAAUAUACCAAUGAUAAUGAUGCCAUCGAUCCGGAUACUGGUUCUAAGAAUUCCGGAAUUUCGCUCGACGUGAAACUGGAAACGGAGCUCCAGAGGUUACAAGUGCUUCAAUAUGAGUUGCAGCAACUAGAGACCUCCGUGGCACUACAAGAAAAGAAGAUCCGCCAGCUACUGAGGCAAGAUUGCAUGCCAUUACUUGCGAAAUGGCAGCAAUGUGAAAACUUUUUCUGCUACUUGAAGUCUUCCUGGCAGAAGGUUCCUGAAUUCUACUGGUCUAUAAGAUAUCGAUUUGGGUUAUUAGCGCCUGGGAGGAUCACCCCGAUCUGCAGUCCUGUUUCUGGGAAACCUUCCAAUCCGGACCAUGAUACCAACGGACAUAAACCAUCGGUCUUACCGUCCCAUGCGGUUCCGACUCCUUCGAAACACGGCGUUCCUACCAGCCUCGGGACGGCGUUACCCUCACCGUCCACCAUCGCUACACCUUCUACAACCACACCAUCGAAACCCAGCAUAACACAUCCACCUCCUCCAAAAUCCGACCUCCCGGACACCACCCCCAACCAUCCCGACCCAAACACUACCGAGGUCGUCCUCCCAAUACCAAUCCGCUCCCCGACCAAAGAAUUCUUCCGAUCAUGCGCAAUCCUCCUACUCGUUGCCUCAAUAAUCGGCCUCUUCUUCCGCAUAAUCGGCCACACAACAGCCUUCCGUCGACGACGACGAGAUCUCGCAUCCAGACGGGAAGAAUUACGAGCCAGACGAGCAUACAGGAAUGCGGCACGACGACUUCGCUGGCGUCAGUGGUGGGAAGGGCGGUCUUAUUUUCAGGCUGCGAGUGUGACGUCGAGUCAUUCCCUUCCUGAGUUUCAUCACGUGCGUGGCACUAUCGACUCGGGAGAGGAGAAUAGAUUGACUUCUCGCGAUAUCGAUAAUAAUGACUCGGUAUCAGAUUUUUCUGCUGCUUCAAAUGAAGAAGAACCUGAGCAGCGCAUGAUGCAAGCCGAGAUUCUGGGACUGCGUCGUGUCCUCGAAUACGUCGGCCAAUUAGUCGGUACCGAUGGAACAUCAACAUCAGCACGUCGUCGAACCCGUUCAAGAUCCCGUUCCGUUCCUCCACCAUAUGAACGGAUAAAUCACAGCAACAAUAAUAAUACCUUGGAGAUCCGCAGAUCAGUCACCCCGGGAGUUAUAUCUGCCUCUGGAGGACCCGGCUCGCCCCGGGGCAGUACCAUGUUCAGUCUUGAGACGGGGUCGUUGGUCACCUUGGAGACUAUUGAUACUUUGGAUUCGGGGACGGCGCCGCCUUCGUAUCAUACAUAG